AGGCAAUAGCUCGGCUGUUUUGCAGCCAACUGCUACAUGCAUUAGUCAGUCGGUGUCUGCGCCAUUGCCUGGGAACACAUCGGCCGAAGACUCAGGCUCUACGUCUACGGCUGAGCCGUCGACAAGUAGCAGCAGGGACGAGUUGGCUGGUGGGGAAGACACCCCCAGGACAGCCCUAAAGCGCAAACUGGCACCAUUGAAGUCGCCAGCCAAGAAAGCCAGGGUUGGGAGGCCAACCAAAAAGAAAGCGUUGGACCAUCAUAACUUUAUACCCAAAUGUUUUGCUGAAAAAUUGGAAAAUGAACAAGCAAAAAUGGUUCUUACUUGGGUGGCGGGAGCUACUAACGCAGAGAGGGCGCUGGCAAACAAUCAAAAGCUCGACCAAGAUCAAAUUAAAGUCAGGCCUGAGGAUGUUUCAACUGCACUGAUAGAAGAAUACUUCGAUCUUGAAACAUUCAAGCAUUUCUUUGAUGAUGAUGCAUGGGCAUCGGUCGCGAGUCUUGUUUCAGUUAUGAAAGGGCUUGAGAAAAAGAAAAAACUCGUCUACAUAUGUCACGAAUGUGACAAACCAGUUGGCGAUAACGGUUCGGUCUUCUGCAAUUCUUGCAGGGAGUGGCUUCACUUUCGAUGUGAAGGCCUCAAAGAAAGAGAACCCAUUAGCAAUAAUUAUUUUUCAAACAUUGUUAUGCUGAGGCAAAGAAGAAGUAAUUUACAGUAUUCGUAG